AUGGCUACCCAGAUCUGCCCUCCGACCUUCUCCUCUGGGUCUGUCAAGGGCCUUUAUGGCUCCACAGGCUGCCUAUCUCGGUCCUCCAUCCGUUCCGUGGGCUCCUGUAGAGUCUCCAGUCUUGCUGGGAUGGGAGGGUCCAGCUCUUCUCUUAGGCUGGGUCUGUCAGGUCUUGGGGGCUGCAUGCCUGGCUCCUACCUGUCUACUGGGUGCCAUCCUUCUGGCUUUGUUGGGACGGGGGCCUGGCUCUGUGAGGGCUCCUUCAGUGGCACUGAGAAGGAGACCAUGCAGUUCCUGAAUGACCGUCUGGCCAACUACUUGGAAAAGGUCCGACAGUUGGAGCGGGAGAAUGGGGAACUGGAGUGCCGCAUCCGCGAGUGGUGUGAGUCUCAGAUCCCAUACAUCUGCCCGGACUACCAAUCCUACUUCAAGACCAUUGAGGAGCUGCAGCAGAAGAUCCUGUUAACCAAGGCUGACAACACCAGGCUGGUCCUGCAAAUUGACAAUGCCAAGCUGGCUGCUGAUGACUUCCGGACCAAGUACGAGACGGAGCUGUCCCUGAGGCAGCUGGUGGAGGCCGACAUCAAUGGCCUGCGCAGGAUCCUGGACGAGCUGACCCUGUGCAAGUCCGACCUGGAGAUGCAGGUGGAGUCCUUGAAGGAGGAGCUUAUGUGCCUCAAGAAGAACCACGAGGAGGAAGUCAGUGCCCUCCGCUGUCAACUUGGGGACCGACUGAACGUGGAGGUGGACGCUGCUCCGCCAGUGGAUCUCAACAAGGUCCUGGAAGACAUGAGAUGCCAGUAUGAGGUCCUGGUUGAGAAUAACCGCAGAGAUGUGGAGACCUGGUUCAACACCCAGACUGAAGAGCUGAACCAGCAGGUGGUGUCCAGCUCGGAGCAGCUGCAGUGCUGCCAGACUGAGAUCAUUGAGCUGAGACGCAACGUCAACGCACUGGAGAUCGAGCUGCAAGCUCAACACAGCAUGCGGAACUCCCUGGAAUCCACUCUGGCUGAGACCGAGGCGCGCUACACCUCCCAGUUGGCCCAGAUGCAGUGUCUGAUCACCAACGUGGAGUCCCAGCUGGCGGACAUCCGUUGUGACCUGGAGCGUCAGAACCAUGAAUACCAGGUGCUCCUCGACGUCAAGGCCAGGCUGGAGUCGGAGAUCGCCACCUACCGCCGCCUGCUGGAGGGAGAAGACUGCAAGCUUCCUGCCCACCCUGGCGCCAUGGAGUGCAAGCCUGCCACUAGGGUCCCUUACCUCCCCAGCGUGCCCUGCACCACGAAUGUGCCCUGUACCACGAGUGUACCCUGCACCCCAGCUCCCCAGGUCAACACCCAGAUCCGCACUAUCACCGAGGAGAUCCGAGAUGGCAAAGUCAUUUCUUCCAGGGAGCACAUGCAGCUCCGCCCGAUGUGA